UAUUUAAAUGGUUUUCAUGUUUUUCUUCAUAUCAUUCCAGGUGUUAUAUGAGCUGAUAAUAACCAUUUACCUAUUGGACCGAAAUCACUGAAUUUACUUUUUAGUCAAUAAAGGUUGUUCAAAAAACACUGUGACGUCAGAAAACACAAUGGCAGCCAGUGGUACAGCCGUGACGGUCCUAACUCCAAAUGGAAGACGACAGACCGUUAAAGUAUCCCCAAAGACAACGUUAAUACAGGUGCUUGAAGAGGUCUGCCAGAAGCACGGGUUCAACCCCGACGAUCACGGUUUGAAGUUUCAGAGGACCGUUCUUGACCUUUCGCUGCAGUGGAGAUUUGCCAACCUGCCCAACAACGCCAAGUUAGAAGUGGUGCCGAGUACAAGGACACAGACUGCAUCUGAUAGUCAGGUGCGAAUUGCGCUGCAGAUGGAGGAUGGGUCUCGUCUUCAAGGUUCCUUUUCUUGUGGGCAGAGUCUGUGGGAACUGCUGACACAUUUUCCACAGAUCAGCUUGUCAGAGCUGUCUGAGUCUGGCUCCACUCCUGUGUGUGUUUACAUGAGGGAUGAGGUGUGUGGCGAAGAGGCCCUCAAGCAGGCUACUCUGAAGUCUUUAGGCCUCACCGGUGGAAGUGCAAUUGUUAGGUUUUUGCUGAAAAGGGACAAAGCACUAGUAGAAGAUGGCAUGGACACAACUGAAGUCGCUGCUGUGCCAGUUCUCCCUGCUGUCAAUGAAUGCCCCCAAAACUCAGCCUCUCAACUCAAUCCUAUUCCCUCACGUUCUGAAAUCUCACUCUCAAACAAGACUGUUAAAAACUCUAACCCUGUUCACUUAAGAGAAACUGGACCAGUUCUCACUCCUGUUUCUUCCACGAGGACGCUUCCUGUUCAAAAGGAAGGUGUUGAAAAACUCCAUGAUAGUGUUCCAUCCAAGGCUCCACAUGGAGUAAGAGAAAUGCCAGAAACCUGUGUGCCAUUCAUUCCCUUUUCUGGAGGGGGACAGCGCCUCGGCAGUCCUGGAGAACAUACAGUUGGACACACACACUCCUCAUCUUUAUCGUCUUCAUCACUUUUGUCUGCCAUAGAAUCUCCCAAGGCCAAGAAAGCCAAGCCUUCCCACAGUUCAGCCGCUAAGCCUCAACCUACUGCCAAAAAAUCUGAUGAGAUUAUUGAGGGAGGUGUGGAGUUCUUGGAGCCAGUGGAGCGAGAGCCUCUUAUCUACCACCUGGAGUGCGUUUCACAUUGCUCAAAAGACGACGUGGAGCUGCCAGAUGAGUUCUUUGAAGUGACUGUGGAUGAUGUACGCAAGCGUUUUGCUCAGCUAAAGAGUGACAGGAAAUUGUUGGAGGAGGCACCGCUGAUGACGAAAAUUCUUCGAGAAACACAGAUGAAGGAGAAGAUGGACAGAUACCCCAAAGUUGUGCUGAGGAUUCAGUUUCCAGACCGACACGUUCUACAGGGUUUCUUUAGGCCCCUCGAGACAGUGGGUGCUUUAACAAAUUUUGUAAGGAGCCAUUUGGAGGAUCCAAACCUCAAUUUCUACCUCUUUUUCACACCCCCGAAAAAAAUUCUGGAUGAUCCUGCUGUCACACUUUUCCAGGCCAACCUGUUUCCUGGUGCUCUGGUGUACCUCGGCACAGAUGUGAAGACAGAACUCUACUUAAAGAGGGAACUUCUUGGAUCAUCUGUCUCGGCUUUGCGAGCAAAUGAAUCCAUUGCAAGCUGCAUGCUUCAGUCAACAAAACAUUCUCCCAGUUCCUCGGCCACUGAAGAACCGUUGCCUCAUCCUGAGCCGCCUGCUGACACCUGUGCAUCCACACAGGACAAUCAAAACCAACCGUCAACAAACAACCAAGCUACUAAGGCCAGCAGAUCUGAUGUAGGAAAGUUGCCCAAGUGGCUCAAGCUUCCAGGUAAGAAAUAAAGAGGGCGAGAAGUGCAACCAAGCCAGAUGUGGGACUCUUGCUGCCUUGCCCUACGACUUCAGCUUUGUGACUGCUGUGCACUUAAAUUCAUCUUGAAAGAUGUCUCUCACUUUGAACUGUGUGAGGUAAUGACUGGCGCAGUGAUGAUUUGAUAUUUGAAGAGAAGACAGAUGGGAUUUCAUUCUGGUUGAGCUGUGUGAAGAAAGACUUCUGGAUGUCUUUUAUUCAACAGCUUAAGAAUAGUUCACUAAUUAAAAAAAUGCUGUUUGAACAAGAUGUGAUCAUUUGCAUUUGGUUAACCUUUUCAUAGCUAGUUUUGAACAGAAGUCAAGGUAAAUUUGUGGCAGGCUUUCUUGGGCCACAUAAAAUGAAAUGGAGUGCCAUAUUUGUUCAGCGGAACUUGAAUUUUACACCUGCCAAAAGUCACUGCUUGGACCACAAGCCCCUCAUAGUAACUAAGUUGCUCAAACAUUCCUUUGGCGAUUAAAAUGUAUCGCACUUUGCUGUUGGUAUUAAGGUUUUUUUUCCCUUGUCGCAGUUUCAAAUAAUUUAUAGGAUUGGCAUUACCAGUAGCAAUUGGAUUGUUAUUUGGCUGAAAUAUUUAAAGUUGCUCGUACCUUUUUGUAUUUUUUUGACAAGAUUUUGCUGGGGUAGAUUUACAGACAUGAAGCACAGUCACAUAAAUGUUGGA